GAUUACUUUUUUUUCAUUGGUAUAAACGACCUGUCCUGAUUUGUUACAAUUCAAAAUGGCUUCCAGCGAGACGACUGACGAAUCCCUCUAUCCCAUCGCUGUUUUGAUAGACGAGCUAAGAAAUGAAGAUGUUCAGCUCCGUCUCAACAGUAUCAAGAAGCUGUCGACAAUAGCACUGGCCCUUGGAGUGGAGAGAACAAGGAGUGAGCUGAUUCCGUUUCUGACAGACACAAUUUAUGAUGAAGAUGAGGUUCUGUUGGCCCUGGCUGAGCAGUUGGGUAACUUCACUCCUCUGGUCGGGGGACCGGAGUACGUCCAUUGUCUGCUGCCCCCACUAGAGAGCCUCGCUACAGUAGAGGAGACGGUGGUCAGGGAUAAAGCGGUGGAGUCCCUCAGAAACAUCGCCACCCAGCACUCACCCGCCGACCUGGAGAACCACUUUGUACCGCUUGUCAAGCGACUGUCAGCAGGAGAUUGGUUCACAUCCAGGACAUCAGCUUGUGGUCUGUUUGCUGUAUGCUAUCCACGUGUUUCAUCGUCAGUCAAAGCAGAGCUUAGACAGCACUUCAGAAACCUUGGUGGAGAUGAUACUCCAAUGGUUCGCAGGGCUGCUGCAGGGAAACUAGGAGACUUCGCAAAAGCUGUGGAGAUUGAGUACUUGAAGUCAGACUUGAUCCCUCUGUUCACUGCUCUGGCUCAAGAUGAACAGGAUUCGGUUCGUCUCCUGGAUGUAGAGGCCUGUGUCAGCAUCGCCUCCCUCCUCCCCCCGGAUGACGUUGAGCAGUACGUGAUGCCGACUCUCCGUCAGGCGGCCGACGAUAAAUCCUGGAGGGUCCGCUACAUGGUGGCCGACAAGUUCACUGAGCUACAAAAAGCAGUGGGUCCUGAGAUUACCAAGACUGACCUAGUCCCAGCGUUCUGUAGUCUUCUUAAGGACUGUGAAGCCGAAGUCAGGGCCGCAGCCUCCCACAAGGUCAAAGAUUUCUGUCAGAACCUGUCCCCGGAUGUGAGAGAGAGUGUCAUCAUGACCAACAUCCUGCCCUGUGUGAAGGACUUGGUCUCCGAUGCCAAUCAGCACGUCAAGUCGGCACUGGCCUCCGUUAUAAUGGGACUCUCCCCGAUCCUCGGAAAGGACAAUACAAUUGAACAUUUGUUGCCACUGUUUUUAACACAACUAAAAGAUGAGUGUCCAGAGGUUCGAUUGAACAUCAUAUCCAACUUAGACUGUGUGAAUGAGGUUAUUGGAAUCAAACAGUUGUCACAGAGCUUACUUCCAGCCAUUGUGGAACUGGCUGAGGACACAAAAUGGAGAGUGCGCCUGGCUAUCAUAGAGUACAUGCCACUGUUGGCUGGACAGUUAGGGGUGGACUUUUUUGAUGAGAAGCUGAAUUCCCUCUGUAUGACCUGGCUUGUGGACCAUGUGUUUGCUAUCCGUGAUGCAGCCACUGUCAAUCUGAAGAAGCUGGUGGAGAAGUUUGGAGUGGACUGGGCACAGCAGACAGUGAUCCCCAAAGUGUUACAGAUGUCCAGGGACACCAACUACCUACACAGACUCACCUGUCUGUUCUGUAUCAAUCUAUUGUCCGAGGCUUGUGGACCAGAAAUGACCUUGAAGCUGAUGUUGCCAACCAUUCUUAACAUGGCUGGAGACAAUGUUCCCAAUGUUAGAUUUAACGUAGCCAAAUCAAUACUCCGUCUAGGGAAAAUGCUUGAUCAAAGUGUGGCACAGCAGCAAGUAAAGCCUGUAUUAGACAAACUGAAAGCCGACUCGGACAUAGAUGUACAGUAUUAUGCUUUGGAGGCCAUUGAUGAUCUCCUGCGCCCCUCUUCCCCCGCGGUAUACCACCAGAAGGAGGUGAUCACGGAGGUACCCCGCUGUCGUCAGCUGGUCCAUGUCCUACAGAGGGAGUGUAUUAUAUCGGUGGCGGGGGAGGGGGUAGCGCUAGGCAGGGAGGGACCCCUCACACUGUUCCUUGUUGGGACAUUCUACGGCAAGGUUUAUGCUUUCGACUGCCUGGUAAAUAAUGAACUUUUCGAUAAAGGAGGGUUACGACUUCUACUGGAGAAUACCAAAGUUCUAAAGGUAGCUUUUUCUUGUUGCUUUCUGAGUGCUGCUUUAUAUACACAAUUUGCUGUGCGACUUCGCAAUGUGUUCGAUACACAGAUAGCACACCUUGUGAUUCGUGAGCUGGAGGGACAGAAGCUACCUGAACGGUUAACCUUGUUUGACAUCUGUCAGUGCUACUCCGGAACCGGAAAUAACUACGGAUGGAGAACGGAUGUUAAGGACAUGUACUUACGAAGAAUCGGGGACUACUGGUCACAGCGACCUCUGACGUGUGAGAUGUUGGAGUUCGCCGCUGAUGACGUCAUGUCUUUCAUACCAGAAGUAUACAGAAGACAGUCCGAAUUUCUCGAAGAGCACAGAUUAUUGCCAAAAUUCAAAGCUCGUGUGGAGGAAGAAAUAUUGGUAGAAAUCAACCAAGAAGUCAAGAACAUGCGAGGUGAACGGAUCGAGGCCAUAGUAAUGGGGGUACUGCGCGACCUUGACAAGCAAUACAAGGACAAAACAAUGAAGUUAGAGGAGUUGUCGGACGACCAGUUGUACGCCCUUCAUCUCCUUCAGUACGAUGACGCUAGCAAAAUAACACCCCGGAUUGACAAGCUCAAAACGGACUACAUUAUGAAUGAAAUGAAGGCCAUAGAAAAUGAUCUGUAUACAGAUCAGGUGAUGAUCGCCGGCAGAAACGGUCUGGGUGACGAUUUAAAGACUUGGGAGAGGCACCCGGAUGAAAACGUUAAGAAUAGGGCCCGGAUGUUGCGGCAAGCCAUAUACACCUUAAUUUUGAAAGAGAUCGGGCGUCGGUAUUCUGGUUUUUCGGUGCCUCAAGUUUUUACGGAAUUGGAGAAACAAGCCUUAAGAUCUGUGACCCCAGUGAGUAGCUCUGAUUUGAACUUUGACCCCUUUGUUUUGGGUCAACACUGGAUUCUUGUUGAACAUGACAUAGAUCAAGCUCUCUUCAAUCUCAGAUAUGGGCACCCUCAUAUCCAGAUUUCAAAGGACUUCAGCAACCGCCUCAAAACUUAUGAAAACCUGGAUGUCCCCGAAAACAUUCAAAUGAAAGCGAAGUUGCUGCUCAGUAUCCAAUCUAGUAAAGGAACAACGUAUGCUUGACGUGCCUGAAUCCAGUAGGACUCUGAUGGUGUAGAUAUCACACCGUACCUCCCCCAAUGUUACAAGAAUAAUAUUAUUGUUUAUUUUGCUUUAUGCGACAGUCAUUUAAAAGUCACUAAACAAAUGUAUUAGCCCAGAAAAUCAA